AUGCGCCUUACCCGCCUCCUCCUCCCCCUCCUCCCCCUCAUCCCCCCCACAACCCCCCUCAACAUAGCCUGCAUCUCCGACUGGAUCGAACACACCCCUCUCUUCCACACCGCCCAACACCUCUACGCCGGCCCAGACGUCGCCACCCUCUCCCGCGGCGGCGUCGUCAACCUCAUCGACGGCACUUUCCCCUCUGUCGACCUCGGCGCCAACGCCGAAACCCAGGGUCUCAAACAAUACGUUCAACACCGCAAUAUCCGGCUUAUUGGGAUUAUUGUUGAGGUUCCCUACCGGCUUGUCGCGAAUACUGCAAGGGCGAAUAUCACGGCGCUAACUGAUUUGCGUGGGAAACGUAUUGGGACGAUUCCGGGUACGUCGGCGGAGGUGUUUAUUCGACAACUCCUCGCGACUGUGGGGCUGCAAGCAGGGACAGACUACCAAAUUGUUUCAGGCAACGUGUGCAUGCGUGAGCCAUGCGCGGCGGAUACGCUCCCGGAGCAACUGCGUGCAGGACAGAUUGACGCCUUCGGAAUAUGGGAGACGUCAGUGGAGUUAGGGGUGCGCGCGCUAGGGGGGUUGGUGGAAAAUGGGGGGACUGGGACGGCGGUAACGUUUCAGGAUUUGGAGGUGUAUCGGGUGUACAGUUUGUAUAGCACGAUGGAGAAACUGGCAGAUCCACAGACCCGGAAAAGGAUUGUGGCGUUUGUGAAGGGGUUGGCGCAGGCGUAUGAGGUGUUUAAGGCAGAGGGGGAGGAGGUCUUGGGAGAAGUUGCACAGAGGGUUGGGGUGGAUGGGGAUGUGUUGAAGGCGGUUUGGGGGGAUCAUCUGUGGGGGCCGGGGGACUUGGGGGACAGGUUGUUGGAAUUUUUGAAUAGGGAGGAUGAGUAUUUGGCGGGGGUGGAUAAGAGGCAAAGGUUGACGAAGGAGGAGUUGAAGACGUUUGUGGAUGCUAGUGUAUAUGCAGAGGCGGCUGCUGACUUGCAAUAG